GUAAAUCUUUAAUUUUUACAGUAGUUUCAGGGUUUUGGGGUUUAUGGUGUUAUGUUGUCAUGACAACAGAAUUGUAAAAUUGAAUAUAACUUUACACAAGAAAGGUUAAUAAGCGAUUUUAUCACUAAAAUCAUGUUAACGUACAUAUUGUUUACGUCUUGUGGCUAUACUUUUGAAACGGUGAGUAUUUUAAUGUUCACAUAUUGGCCCCAUUCACUUCCAUUGUAAGGACCUCACUGUAACCCAGUUUUUAGUUUUUUUUGAAUAAAAGGAGGGACGAGUAGACAUUAUUUUUUGUUAAUCAUCAUUAUGCCAUAAAUGCUGUCGAUUGAUCUUAAGUUGUAAUGAACCCCUAAUAUUCCUUUAAGUGACACCCUUGGGCAGAAAAUAAAAGAGGGAGAAUAAAUGUGUUGUUCAAGAAAAAGGCAAAAAUUAAGUGCUCAUAUUAAAGAAUGAUACUCAAAUGAACUGAUAUUUCACAAUACAUAAAGCUAAACAGCACCAGUGAAAAAUCCUUAGAAAUAAUAACAAUAGAUACUUCCCGGAUGGCGGUUAUUCACAAAGGCGUUUACGUAAAUUCCGAAGCAGCGUCGCGAACUCAAGCUCCUCCCUCUCCGCUAUCAGCGUACACUGCGCUAAUCACAGACGUCGGUAGGAGCCUGAGUCGAGUCGUCUACUCAAAGAAUCAACCCCAAAACAAGGCUCGUAUUUAACCUUAUCGUUUGCAAAACAGCGCCACAUUUAAAAGUAAUUCACCAUUAAAGACAACAGCUCAGCAUGGAAACUCAUAAGUAGUAAGGUCCAUCCAACUUGAGGUGUGGGAGCAAGGCUGCUCCCUGAUUCCCACCCCUGUGCUCCCCUUCCCCCGCCCUCCUGGACGGCACCGAAAUGACCACAGGGGAGUGUUGCCACCUCCCAGGCUCCCUGUGCGACUGCACUGGCAACGCUGCCCUGUCUAAAACUGUAGAGGAAGCAGACAACCACCAGGCCCAGUACGUCACCCAGGUCACGGCCAAGGAUGGGCGUCUACUAUCAACUGUUAUCAAAGCCCUUGGCACACAGAGUGAUCGGCCAAUUUGUCGGAUCUGCCACGAGGGUCAGGACAUGUGCAACAGUGAGGGACUUCUCUCGCCGUGCGACUGCACUGGCACGUUGGGCACAGUACACAAAAGCUGCCUGGAGAAGUGGCUGUCCUCCUCAAACACCAGCUACUGUGAGCUGUGCCACACGGAGUUUACCAUAGAGCGCCGGCCCCGACCCCUCACAGAGUGGCUCAGGGACCCAGGCCCCCGAAACGAGAAGCGCACCCUCUUUUGUGAUAUGGUGUGCUUUCUGUUUAUAACACCCCUGGCGGCCAUCUCGGGCUGGCUGUGUUUGCGGGGUGCACAGGACCACCUGCACUUCAACAGUCGUCUUGAGGCGGUCGGCCUCAUUGCUCUGACCAUCGCACUCUUCACCAUCUACGUCCUCUGGACUCUGGUCUCAUUCCGCUACCACUGUCAGUUGUACUCUGAGUGGAGACGAACCAAUCAGAAAGUCCUUUUGCUCAUUCCUGACACCAAGGGUGCACACUCUACCCAGCAUUCCUUGCUCUCCACCAAGCUGCUGAAAAAGACAGCAGACGAGACCAUAGUAUGAGAGAUGUGGAGCGGGGAAAAGGGGCCCGAUCGUGGUGAUAUUAACGUGCUACAGGUUCCUGAUGCAGCAUCUUCAGCUAGAACCGCGGCACUUGUGGAUGCAUUCUUUUCUAUGUAAUCCUUUUUAUCUAAAUAUGUGAGCACUUCAUUUUGUUUUUCACCAGUCUAUUUAACGUUUUUUUGAGCCUUUAUAAGUGUGUUGUUUUAAGCAACCGUAAUUUAUUUGGGGCUUAAACAGCCACGCUGAGGCCCCGUACCAUUCAGUAUGCAUUGUAUUUGAAACCAUCGGAAAUCUAACUUAUUUGUAUAGACGAUUCCAUUGAGCACAGCAGUGAGGGAUUAUGAAUCAAGUACGUAUGGCUGCUGAAGCUUAAUACCAAAUCUUUCUUUAAUUUUCAAUGUAUUGUUUUUCUACUCAUCUACCUUCAAGUACUUGCCAUCUUAACCUGACAAAGAAUUGGUCCGAACCGAUUCUUGGUGAACUUCAGCCCUUGCGGCUCCUAUUUAGUCGGGAUGUAAAUGUAUAAAUAUAUACACACUAUGUGAACAAGUAAGCUCUAAGCUUUGAUUGACAUGGUUAUUACAGAACUACAGAACUCUUUGCGCUUUGUGAGGAGGACCUCCGUUUAGGGCCCAGGCAGUGAAAGUGGAGGCUGAUUAUUUCUGCAGUAGUGAACCAGGCGUUCAAGCUCGCCCUUUUGAACAUGCUCAUCUGGAGUGAGAAAUGUAGGCAGUAUACAAAAAAAGAGUGCAAUAACACACUGCCUAUUCGCACUUCUGCGCGAUUCCGCUGUAAACGCGCAUGUUUUCAUGCAUGCCUGUUUUUGUUUCAAAAGUCUCAUCAAAUUGGUGACUGUACAGUGCGAUGUUCAUUUGGGGUUUUGCGUACAGAUCUAGGGCUGUUUUUUCAGUCUGAUGUAAUGAAAAUUACGUGACUAUGGUGUCAUUUUUGCAAAAUUAUAUUAUAUAGUUUCUUGCACAUAUUGCGGCAGUUCCAAGCUGUUAUGUCCACUGUGUGGCGCUAAAAGCGAGUUAAAUUUUGCGUUUUAAAUCAACAAAGUCAAACUUCUUACCUUAAACCUAAAUCUAACUGAUAGUUUCGAAAAAGCAAAUGUGAGAUGAAAAAUGGAAUUUGCCUAAGUAUCCACGUCACUUUAUAGUGCUUCAAUGACAAUUUUGUCUCUUUCAGGACUUGAACUCUGGUCCUUUGCAUCAUAAGUGCAACGCUCUAUCAAAUGAGCUACCAAUUAAUUUGAUAGCACUAGAGCAAGCUUCUAAUUUUAGUUGGUUAUGUAAUGCAAAUGUUAAAACAUAUUGUCUUACAAGUCAUUCACUGUAGUGACUAUAAUAACUGACAAUCUCAUGUUUGUGAUUUGUGUGAAAGGGAAUACAAUUUGUUGUUGUAGUGCUUUUGUGUUCAUUUCACCUGGAAAUUGCUGCAAUAUGUACAACGAGCCACAUAAAAUUAAUUUUGCAAAAAUGUAAGCAUAGUAACGUGAUUCUAUGAGACUAGGUUGCGUUUGUCUAAAACCAGUGGUCUCCAAACAAUGCAAAACAGCAUGCAAUGCUCCUGAAGUUGUAGCACUUUGACAACGUAGCCUAGAUGUGAGCUGAUCAAAUGUAGAUACGUGUACGCUUUUGGGAUCCAAAUAUGUGGCAACCUUGUAUGUUGUGUUGAGUUGUGGUAAGUGCAGAUAUAAGCAGACCUCUACAAAUUCAUUGUUCUGAAUCACUUUCAAAUUGUUCUAAAAUCUUUUUCUUUUUUUUAUCUGUGAGUGUGUAAAGUUGAAUGUGUAUGUGUGUUUAUAGUAAGCUCUGUUUUUUUUGGUGCCGUUUUUAUUUUUAUUUUGUUAUUUUGUCAGCAGUAUCAAAUGGCCAAGGUUGAGGGAUAUUUGUAGCAGUUUACCUUGUGAA